GUCGCAUCCUCUUCCGGGCGUGAGUUUCCUGUCCAAGCCGCUCGAGUCUCCAGCCCGGGGAGCACGGAUCGCUGGCAGAGCGCGAGGACGCCUUCCGCCGCGCAGCGCCUACAUGCGCGACCCUGCACCGACCGGACUGGUGGCGCGUGUUGGAAGCCGCCGGACACCGCAGGCAGCGCGUUAAGGGAGCAGCGACGAUGCCAUCCGCUGUGCGGCUGGAGCCGCUCUCAGCCCAGCAACUCAAGCGAUUGGAGGAGCACAAAUACAGCGCGUCGGGGCGCUCCCUCUUCGAGCCGCCUUGUCAGAUAUACUGGAACUGGCUGGUUCAGCAGAUCCCGACCUGGGUAGCUCCCAAUACACUGACCAUUACAGGGCUUAUAAUCAACAUCGUCACGACGGUUAUUCUGGUCUUCUACUGCCCGUCUGCCACGGAGGAGGCGCCAAGCUGGGCCUUCAUCCUCAGCGCAUUUGGCCUCUUCAUCUACCAAUCCCUGGACGCCAUCGACGGGAAGCAGGCAAGGAGGACCAACAGCAGCUCGGCGCUUGGGGAGCUCUUUGACCAUGGCUGCGAUGCUGUGUCCACAGUGUUCGUAUCCGUGGGAACGUGCAUAUCCUGUGGAAUGGGAGUGUAUCCAAACUGGAUGUUCUUCUGCGGCUUCGUGGGCAUGUUCAUGUUCUUCUGCGCGCACUGGCAGGCCUACGUCUCCGGGACGCUGCGAUUUGGCCUCGUGGAUGUGACGGAGGUGCAGGCGGCCAUCAUGGUGAUAUACCUGAUGUCAGCCUUCGGAGGAGUGGCUCUGUGGGACACUAGGCUGCCUGUCAUUGGGAUAAAGCUACAGACCUUCCCCAUCCUGGGAAUAAUCGGUGGAGCCAUUUACUCCUGUUUCAACUACUUCGAAGUCAUUAUGAAUGGUGGAGUUGGCAAAAAUGGCUCCACUGUGGCUGACACCAGCGUGCUUUCUCCAGGGCUCCACAUCAGCCUCAUCCUUACUCUGGCCUUCAUCAUCUUCAAGAAGUCAUCCAGUCAUUUGUUUGAGCUCCACCCCUGCCUGUAUAUAAUAGCCUUCGGCCUGGUCACCGCCAAGAUCUCAAAUAAGCUAGUGGUGGCCCACAUGACCAAGAGUGAGCUCCAUCUUCAGGACACCGCGUUCAUAGGUCCUGGCCUCCUCUUCCUGAACCAGUACUUCAACAGCUUCAUCGAUGAGUACAUCGUCCUCUGGAUCGCACUGGUUCUGUCUGUAUUAGACCUGACGCGGUACUGCACGGCAGUGUGCCUCCAGAUCGCGGCCCACCUGCGGAUCCGGGUGUUCAGCAUUGUCCCACAGGUCUACGUCUCCCGUGACUGACUGCUUGCCCAGCAGGAGGAGACCGGGAGGACGGAGUCUCCCUGGUGAUGGUGAGCCCUCAGAGCAGCAAGGAUUGAAGAGUUAUGCACAUGGUGAGCAUCUGCUGUUGCUGUGGAGGGGAAAGGCAGUGGGGGGGGGGGGGGGCAGCAAGCAGCAGUUACUGCGGACCUCACCUCUAUUCUCCUGGACCCCACAGUCGCACCCUGAAACGGACCGUGACCCAGAAGGACCUGGCGCUCUUGCUUCUGCACAUGGUUCUUUUUUUAAAAUGUUAUUUUUCUACAGAAAACCUUUUGUUGUGUGAUUUGUUGCUCGUGCCAAGUUUCGGUCCGGUCAGCAAAUCACGGUGCUGGGAAUGUAAGGCUUCAGCACAUCAUUCCCAAAUCUCCGUUUUGAUUGGCUAUUAAGGACUCAUUCCUUGUCACUUUCUCCAGAUCCUAUGCUCACAUGCAAAUUGUGGCAUUUCUCUGACCCUUAUUGUGAGAUAGCGUUGGUGCUCGUACAUUUGAUACAGUGCAGAACUUAUUAAACGUUGUUUUUUUCUUCGUGA